AUGCUCACAGUUUUCCUCCUCGGACCUGCUGGAACAAACCGAGCGGAGCUUCUCGAACGCCUCAGUAGUGUCAACCUGAGCAAAUCGCAGCGUGUCCCGACGCUGCAGCGGCUGCAUGGAUUCCGUUCGCGUGAGAGCGACAAUGACCCGGUCCCUCUCAUCGUGCAGGUCGGAGCCAACGACCACUCCAAGAGUUCAUCGCACGACCCAGCAAGGGCCGCCAUCGAGCUGGGAUGGCGGGCAUUGCUGUUCGAGCCGCUGCCGUCCGCGUUUGCCGCGCUGCAACAAAAGUACGCCUCAAACCCGCGUGUCGACCUGCAGCAGCUCGCCGUAUGCAAAGCGAGUAGGAUACGAUUGAAUCUGACCAUUAACUGCGAGCCUAGCACCGUCGACUUCUGGCACGUGGACGUGACCAACGCCACCGGAAAUUGGGGCAGUGCCGACGCUGACGCGCGCUGCGCAGAGGGCAUGUUUGGCACAUGCAGGACGUGCAACUGGCUCACAGAGGUCUCGGGCCUGUACCGGGCCCACAUCAUGACAAAAGUGUUCGUGCAGCGCCCUGGCCAAGCCCAAGCGGAGCAGUGCGAGCGAUGCACCAAAAUGCACGGUGGCACAGCGGCGGCGCCAGAGGCGCCGCGACCGACUGACUGCAUGCGCAACGUCCUUACGAGAAACCUCCGCCGCAUCAAGGCGAGCGGGGCGGUGAAGUUGCUCGUCGUCGACUCCGAGAAGCUCGACGCCGAUGUGCUCACGCAGUUUCCAUUUGAAGACGCAGUGUGGCCGGCGCGAGUGAUCUUCGAAGGGACCCAUCUGCAGCAGAAGAGCUACGAUCUGGUUUGGGAGCGCCUCCACAGGUUUGGCUAUCGGUGCAUCGACGAGUAG